AUGACUAAGAAGAACAAUCCAUCUCUCCCACCACAAGUGGAGGAUUUGAGAACAAGAGUUCGUGUUGGUAGACACGCUCCUACACAAACAUCAACAAUUAGCUAUCACUCUAGUUUUCAAAAUUUAAAUUAUGAUAAUAGUUUUUCUUUAGAGGACUUUCAAGAAAACUUACGGAUUAAUAUUCUUAAACGUGAUGAAAAUGAUUUAGUAUUUGAAAUGAUUGGAAUUGAUGCUCCUAUUGCUAAUGCUUUCAGAAGAAUUAUGUUAUCCGAAGUUCCAUCUAUGGCUAUUGAAAAAGUUGUUUAUUUAACAAAUACAUCUAUUAUUCAAGAUGAAGUCCUUGCUCAUAGAAUUGGUUUGGUACCAAUUAGAUGCGAUCCAGACUUUUUCUUCUUUGCUAGGGAUAUUAAUCAAAAUGAAGAUAUUAUUUUACUUGAUAACGAAUAUAUUUUAUUUGAGUUGAAUGUUACUUGUGAAAAGACAUUGGUUCCAAAUCCACAUAACCAAAACAAACUUGAAUACAAGCAUUCUAAAGUCUAUUCAGGUGAUUUAAAGUGGGUUCCAAUAGGAAAUCAAUCAACUCACUUCAAUGGAGAAAAUGCAAUUAGACCUGUUUAUGAUGAUAUUUUAUUAGCCAAGUUGAAUCCUGGACAAUCUAUUCACGUACAAUGUUAUUGUGUUAAAGGAAUUGGUAGAAGUCAUGCUAAAUGGCAACCUGUUGCUACUGCUACAUAUCGUUUAAUGCCAGAAGUUGUUUUUAAAGGAGAACCUGUUACUGAACUUAAACAAGCUAAGGAACUUGUUGAAAAAUGUCCAAUGAAUGUAUUUGAUAUUGAAGAUUCUCCACAAACAGAAUUUGAUUCUAAGGUUCGUGUUGCUCGUCCAAUGAAUUGUACAAUGUGCAGAGAAUGUAUUCGUGAAGAUAAUUGGGACAAGAGAAUUCAAUUAUCAAGAGUGAAAGAUCAUUUCAUUUUCUCCAUUGAAAGUGUUGGUUCUAUACCAGGUGGACCAGCAGAAAUUUUCAGACGUGCUCUCAAGAUUUUCUGGCAAAAGUGUGAAGCACAUUUGAUUAAUUUAAGAAAUAAUCCAAUAGGUUCAAGACAAACUACUUCAUCCGAAACGAAUGAACAAGAUGAUGUUGAAAUGAAAGAAUCAUCAAAGAAGGAUAAGAAAAAGAAGAAGAAAAUUUUACAAUAA